CGUAAGACGCAAUUUGUACAGACGAGUAAAGUAUUUCGAAACUUUAUAAUAAAAAAGAUAACUUCUUUCUCACAGGAUAAUUUGUUAUGGUAAUUUUCAUUUUAGAAAAUGUGUUAAAACAUGAUGUAACCAAGCUCACAAAGUUAACCACUUUUUAAAUUUAUAAACCAACUUGACGUCACAAUCGUAUUUACUAUAUACAAAAUCAGCUGAUGUCGAGUUGUGUGUCUUAUACUUAGAUGUGAAGUAUGAAUAUCAUGAAAUCGUUUCGAGAGAUUUUACAAAGUUCAAGAAAUGUGUUGAUAUUAACUGGAAGCGGGAUUUCAGCGGAAUCUGGAAUUCCAACCUUUAGAGGUGCAGGUGGUUUUUGGCGGAAAUACCAAGCACAAAGUCUUGCUACUCCAGAAGCUUUUGCCGCAAAUCCUUCGUUAGUUUGGGAGUUUUAUGAAUAUCGUAGAAAUGUAGCCAAUGAAGCUAAGCCUAAUAAAGCUCACGAAGCGAUAGCAAACUUUCAAAAUCGGGCUUUGAAAGAAGGUAAAAAUGUUACUAUUGUAACACAGAAUAUUGAUGAACUUCAUCAAAGGGCUGGCGCUAAAGAUGUGGUGGAACUUCAUGGCUCGCUUUUCAAAACCCGUUGUACAGUGUGUCACGAGGUUGCUGUAAAUACAAAUAUUCCAAUAUGCCCUGCACUAAAAGGAAAAGGAUCUCCAGAUCCCAAUGUAAUGAGUUCUGAUAUUGCGAAAGAUGAUUUGCCUCGAUGUCAAAAGGAAAGUUGUAAAGGUUUAUUAAGACCUCAUAUUGUAUGGUUUGGUGAAAGUUUGAAUGAACACAUACUUCAGCAAGCAUACGAUGCUGUGGAAACCUGUGAUGCUUGUUUAGUUAUUGGUACAUCAUCAGUUGUGUAUCCUGCGGCAAUGUUUGCGCCGCAAGUGGCGGAACGCGGUGUUCCAGUUGCCGAAUUUAACUUAGAAACAACUCCCGCCACAAGACACUUCAAGUACCACUUUGAAGGUCCCUGUACAAUUACAGUGGUGGAAGCUUUAGAACCUUGAAUCUUAGGUACUUAUUAUGUACACAUUUCUUACCUUGUACCAAACAUACUUCAGUGUUAAGUCCAAGUUUAUUUAAAUAUUUUAACCAUAAUCGUUGCUUUGUCGAAAGUACGUCAUUAGGGCCUUUUACCUCUACAAUUUUGUGCUUCAAGAAAUAGAUUAUGUUUAGUAAAUUAAAAUAGUUUUAGGUGUACAUAUGUGAAAAUAUAUUUUCAGAAAACCAGUUGAUAAGUAUUCACCUGUUUUGUAUCAUAAUUCCAUACAAUUAAAUCAGGAAAUCCAGCUGUCCAAAGGUUAUAAUUUUCAACUAUUCUUCUACAAAUGCCUAUAACACCUUGAACCCCCAAACAAUGGACAAUUUCCUGAAACCAGAAAUUAUUUUCCGUGAUGCACGAAUAUAUUUUAUAAAAUGUAUAGAAAAAGAAUAUAGUAAAUAAGUUAUGAGCAUGAUUCUUAUAAGGUACAAUACUAUAAGUUAUUUCCGAUGCUGAGACUUCAUAAGAUAUCAUAUUUACUCUACAUAUUGUUUUUAAUGAUAUUAAAAAAAUAUAUACUUUCAUAUGUUCACUGUGCUGAAGUAAAUUAGUUGGCAUUAAAGACUGAUAUGAAUAAAACAUUUUAAAUCUGUCUUCCAUCCAACAGCUUAAAGACUCUUCAUUAUAAUUAUUAAGUAUUGAGUUUAGUGUCAUGUUUAUGCUGUCUUUCCUAUUUUCAUAGAAAUAUUUGGUAUACAAAUCAGCUGGAGCAUCAUCAUAAGGACUCGUAAAAGUUCCAGGAAUGUGUUUAUUAUACAGUUCUUCCCACAAUAAAGUAGUGAAUAAAAGAAUUGGUAAAUUCCCUUCGCAAUGUAAUCCGUUUGAAAAAUUUUGUUUUGUGUAGUAAUAUAAAGCCAAAGCUUCUACAGAUCCAUAACUUUGACUUGUAUUAUUAUUUUCUAUGCACCAUAUGCUCUUACUUCCAGGAACAUUUCUCAUACUAAAACAAAAAAUAUUGAAUUAUGAUACACAAUUUUCGUAAUUACAUUUGUACACAAAAAGAAGCUCCUUCCAAAUUUUUGUAAAUGUAUAGUGUUUGUUUCGUUUAUUAAAUAUGUGAAUCAUAUUGAUACAAGUUGAUUUACCUUGGACUUGUUGAAGCAUAAAUAGUAUUAAAUGUAGGAGUAAAUGUUGAUAAUUGAUCAAUAUGAUAAUCUAUCAUCUCACUAAUAUUUUUUUUUGUAUCAGGUUGUAUUCCCUUUUUCUUCUUUUGAAUUUUCUUUGCUCUUCCUAUAAGGUCUUCAAUGUCUACUUGUGAUAAAUGUUCAUUAUUUAAGGCCUUCAUUAUUAUCAAUGCUGUAGAUUCUACAUCUUUCUGAUGAUGCAUUGUAAUAAGAGCUAAUUCACAAUACCACUUUCCUUUUCGUGUAUGCAUAUGACAAUCCUGUUCUAACAAAAACUUUAAGAUUUCUACAGCACGUGUCUUGUUUUCACAUUUUUUAAAUGCAUCUACACUUUUUGAAAGUAUUUUUAACCAUACAUAUCCAGGCAUAAAACGUCUUACAUGCAUAGGAAUUUUGGAAUUUUUCAGUCUGCAAUUGAUAAAAUUUAUAAAUAGAAUAUUGAAAAAUGUACAUAGUACGUUAUACACUUACUACCUUAAAAAUUCAUCUUUUAAUACACUUGGCAGAGUUUCCAUUGCAAAAUUUCCAUUGGUUCGUACAUCUGCCCAAUUUUUAUUUUCAAUUGAUUUUAAUGUUGCAGACAAUAUAGAUUUAACAUUCACGUAACUGUGAAUGAAAAUAAAUUGAAAUAAAUUAAACUCAUUAAAAGUUAUGGAAACUCAACUAAAAUGAAAUAUAGAUAGCUUACCUUAACAAAUGAUAUCGAUUUGAAAAUAUUGGAAAAUGAUUUUUAGGUACGUUGGGAUAUAUUACUUUUCCUAAAUAAAUAUUACCUAGCCUAAAGUAUGUAUCUGCUGUACUCAUCGCUGAAUCUUCAUUUGGUAAUAGUAA